GUUUCAGUCAGCUAAGAAAGAAUCAGAGAAGAACAAUCGAGCUGUCAUCAUCAUGUGGCGUGAUGAUCACAUUUUUUAAGGAAGAUGUCCCAUCACUUAGCCGCCCUGUUGAUUUAUUAUACAAUCUCCAUCUCCAUCUGUCAUGAGUCAUCACUCAUCAAUCGUAAGUUAUUAGCGCUUGCUCAGUCACAUAGCCAGCUAUUGAAGUUCCACCCAGCGAGCGUUUGACCAGUCACUUAGCCAGCCACAUAUAUAUUCAUAAGUGGACGUUUGGUACCCAAGAAAUCACUGGCGGUUCCCAAGUCGAUCCCAAUGGAGCUACCACCAUGGGUGCCCUUCUUCGCCGUCGUGCUUGCAACAGUGCUCUUCCUGGCAACCAUUCUCCGUCGUGGUGGCCACCGCACAUACAGGCUUCCUCCUGGACCUAAGCCAUGGCCGAUCAUCGGCAACCUUAACCUCAUGGGCGCGCUCCCGCACCGCUCCAUCCAUGCGCUCUCCAACAAGUACGGCCCUCUCAUGUACCUCCGAUUCGGCUCUUUCCCUGUCGUGAUCGGAUCGUCGGCGGAGAUGGCCAGGUUCUUCCUCAAGACCCACGACGCAGUGUUCAUCGACCGGCCUAAGAUGGCCGCUGGCAAGUACAACACGUACAACUAUAGCGACAUCACUUGGUCCCCGUACGGCGCCUACUGGCGCCAGGCACGCAAGAUAUGCCUGACCGAGCUCUUCAGUGCCAAGCGACUGGAGUCGUACCAGUACAUCCGCACCGAGGAGAUGCGCGCGCUCCUGCACGAUCUGCAUGAGGCCUCCGGGCGCGUCGUGGUGCUCAAGGAGUUCUUGUCCACCAUGAGCCACAACGUGAUCACCCGCAUGGUGCUGGGCAAGAAGUAUCUGCACACCAACGAAGGGGACUCCGGGACGACGCUGGAGCAGUGCAAGUGGAUGAUCGACGAGUGGUUCGUGCUCAACGGCGUGCUCAACAUCGGCGACUCCAUCCCGUGGCUCGGCUGGAUGGACCUGCAGGGGUACAUCAAGAGGAUGAAGAAGCUGAAUAAGAUGUUUGAUGGGUUCCUCGAACAUGUCGUGGAAGAGCAUGAAGGGCGACGCCGCCUCGAGGGGGAUAGCUUCGUGGCAAAGGACAUGGUCGACGUGCUGCUGGAGAUAGCCAGCGACCCCAAUCUCGAGGUACAGAUCCACCGGGAUGGGAUCAAGGCGUUCAUUCAGGAUCUCAUCGCGGGCGGGACAGAAAGCUCGGCCAUGGCGGUUGAGUGGGCAAUGUCGGAGAUGCUCAAGAAACCCGAGCUGUUCGCCAAUGCCACGGCGGAGCUGGACCGCGUGGUGGGGCGAGGCCGCUGGGUGACUGAGGAGGACAUCCCGAGUCUCCCGUAUUUGGAGGCAAUUGUCAAAGAGACUGUGCGGCUGCACCCGGCAGGGCCGAUGCUAGCGCCUCGCCUGUCCCGCAAGGACGCCUCCGUUGGUGGCUACGACAUCCCUGUUGGCACGCGCGUUUUCGUUAGCGUGUGGGCCAUCGGCCGCGACCCGGCGUUGUGGGAUGCCCCGGAGGAAUUCAUGCCAGAGCGGUUCCUCGGCAGCAAGAUCGAUGUAAAGGGGCAUGACUUCGAGUUGCUGCCUUUCGGGUCCGGGCGGCGGAUGUGCCCUGGGUACAGCCUCGGGCUCAAGGUUAUCCAGGUGAGCCUGGCCAACCUGCUGCACGGCUUUGCCUGGAGGCUCCCCGACGGCAUGGUGAAGGAGGAGCUAAGCAUGGAGGAGAUAUUCGGGAUGACCACGCCGCGGAAGUUCCCGCUUGAAGCCGUCGUGGAGCCUAAGCUCGCCGCUCACCUCUACACCAAGGUUUGAUAUGAGUAUUGAGAUUAGAGGUAAAAGCUAUCCGUGACCCAUGUUUAGCACAUGCAUCCUCUCACAUGCUCACGAGAGCUCCUAAACAGACUAGACUGCUGCAUAUGCAACUAAUAUUAAUUUUUGGAAAAAAAACAUGUCAAACUGUUUCUCACUUGUCGAGUUAGAAGUAAUUACUUCUCAUUUUCAACCAGCA